GAUGUGCCGAGCAAUCCAGACAAAGAACCCCAGGUUCAGCAAUACGAGCGAGAGCCUCAUGCGCUUUGUUACAUUCGCUAACUAUUCCGGAAUAAUCAAGAUUGAGGCAUCAUCUCAUGCUCUUGCUGGUCAUGUGACUAUGGAAAGACCACUGCAAGACGAGCUACGUCAAUACGAGCUUCAACAAGGAGCGGUCAUCUGUCCGAGCCCAAUCGGCUUAGGCAAGUCUAGUCAGGCCAUCGCUAUACGUCCAGAAUACGGAUGGACUUGAGAUCAUGAUGUCGACGAUUCCAAGGUAACAGGAGACUUGGUGUAUAAAAUGGCAACGAGUCUCCCUCCAAUGUCGACUCAAGAUACUUUCACCAUCACCAACAACAAUCACAACAUCAUCACAACACUCUUCCACUCGCUCAACCAAUAAUAACUACCUACCUACUAUUACUUAAUCUUAAUACCUUAAGACCCAACCACCCAAACCUCCAAAAUGAAGUUCACCACCACCGCCCUAACAUCCCUCCUCGCCGCCGUCUCCCUCGCGGCCCCAACCCCCUCCCCGGAGGUCAAAUCCGCAAUGGCCAACGUCGAGCAAUGGACCAUCGAAAGCAUGCAGCGCGUAUGCGACAGCGCCGACACCAGCUGCAAAUGGUCGUUCCGCGUGAACACGCACGUGGGCAACCCCACGGCCUGCAGCUUCACAGUCAAGGGGUCGCCCGCCAGCCAGACCGACUCCAGCGGCAACAUCUGCGGCCCGUACACCGUGGGAUCCGGGUGGAGCGGCCAGUUCGGCCCCGGCAACGGCUUCACGACCCUCAGCGUCGUGAACUAUGGUGCCAAGCUCAUUGUCUGGCCCGCUUACACUGAUAAGCAGCUCCAGUCUGGCGCGGUUGUUACGCCUGACCUGAGCUAUGCUCCUACUGUUCUCAACUUCUAAGUUUGAGAGUUGGGGUUUUAUGAGGAUUUGAUGAUGUGAGGAAGGGGGGGGUUUAAGGAAUGGGGA